GCCUCCGCGUCAGAGGCCCCGCCGAGUCCCUAGAAGCUUCCAGCCUCGUGUCAGACGCUCUAGAAGGUUCUGCGCAGGGGCGCCAUAAAAAGCGGCAUUCAGGCUCAUUUCUGGGAAGACGGACAGAAAGCCCCGGGUGAUUGUUCGGCCAGCAUUAAUCAUCUCCAUUUACCGGCAACAUGGUUCGCGAAACCGGCUUUUACGACUUGCUUGGAGUCAGUCCCAAAGCGUCCGGCGAGGAGAUUAAGAAGGCAUACAGAAAGCUGGCGCUGAAGUACCACCCGGACAAGAACCCCAACGAGGGCGAGAAGUUCAAACUCAUAUCGCAGGCAUAUGAGGUAUUGUCAGACCCGAAGAAGAGAGAUCUGUACGACCAAGGCGGGGAGCAAGCGAUUAAAGAAGGGGGCAUGGGUGGAGGGGAAUACUCCUCCCCGAUGGACAUUUUCAACAUGUUUUUUGGGGGAGGUGGCAGAACACAAAGGGAAAGGAAAGGGAAGAAUGUCGUCCAUCAGCUUAGUGUUUCACUAGAGGAGCUGUACAAUGGCACAACUAGAAAGCUUGGUCUUCAGAAGAACGUCAUCUGUGAGAAGUGCGAUGGCUAUGGUGGGAAAAAGGGAGCUCUAGAGAAGUGUUCAAGCUGCAAAGGAAGGGGCAUUCAGAUCCAGAUUCAGCAGAUUGGACCGGGAAUGAUUCAGCAGAUUCAGAGCAUGUGUUCUGACUGCCAUGGCCAAGGGGAGAGGUUCAGCGCCAAGGACCGCUGCAAGAACUGCAAUGGCCACAAAGUGGAACGCAAGAAGAAAAUUCUGGAAGUACACAUUGACAAAGGUAUGAAAGAUAGCCAGAAGAUUACAUUCCAUGGCGAGGGUGACCAGGAACCAGGACUGGAACCUGGUGAUGUCAUUAUCGUCCUGGAUCAGAAAGAACAUACAAUAUUCCAAAGACAAGGAAAUAAUCUACUAAUGAAAAUGGAAAUCAAGUUGGUGGAAGCCCUAUGCGGCUUCAAGAAGACCAUCUGUACCCUUGAUAAGAGAAUGCUGCUCAUCAGCUCACCACCAGGUCAAGUUAUAAAGCACAGGGACACGAGAUGUGUGCCCAAUGAAGGCAUGCCCAUGAACCGAAACCCUUUUGAAAAGGGACAGCUCUUUAUUGAAUUCUUGGUUGAGUUUCCGGAGAAGGACUGGGUUCCAGAGCACAUGCUGCCCCAACUGGAGGCCUUGCUGCCUUCCAGGGAUGAGCAAAUGAUCACUGAUGACAUGGAAGAGGUUGAUCUCUGUGAGAUGACUUUCGGUUCCCAAAGGAGCUUCCGAGGGGAGGCGUAUGAAGAGGAUGAAGGGCUCAGAAGCGGCGUGCAAUGCCAAACACACUGAACAUGGCACACUGGUGGAUUUAUGUGUAUCGUGUGUGAGUGCAUUCACUGCAUGUUGUACAGUAUGUCUUUGAGUUGAGCUGGAAAAUGUCUCAGUGCAAUGGAGAAUAUCAUAAUUUACACAAUAUUUCCUUACCCAUUCAUUCCUUUUUAUUUACAAUUUAAAAAGGCCCUAAGUGAAAAUUUGAUCAUCUAUGCUUUCUGUGAAGGUUCUCAUGUGCCUAUGGCUCCUAAAGACUUUAAAAAUAAAGCAUUUUAUACUGUA